AUCCAGCCAUGCCUCCCCUUCCCGGCAGCGCCGAGGAAGACGAGCACAGGCGCUUCGGAAGGUGCAGCCGGCCGUAGCAGCAGGAGCCUUCCGGCGCACCGUUCGGGCAGAGGGAGACGGCCCAGCGGCGCCCAGCAUGCUGGCAGCGGGAGGUCCGCUCGCCGCCCGGCUGGACAGCCUCUUGCCUUAUUGGCUCGUCCUGUCGCUCUCCGGCACUCUGGCAUCGGCGCAGCCGCCGGGGGUCGCGGUCCUCUGCCCGCCGCUCUGCCACUGCGAGGAGGACGGCAUCGCGCUCUCCGCCGACUGCUCCGAACUAGCGCUCUCCUCCGUGCCCGGCGGCCUCAGCCCCUUAACUGCCUACCUUGAUCUAAGCAUGAACAACAUCAGUGAAUUGCUGCCUGGAGAUUUCCAUCACUUACAUUUUCUGGAAGAACUGCGCCUAUCUGGAAACCAACUCUCUAAAAUUCCAGAAGGAGCAUUUUCUGGCCUCUACAAUUUAAAAAUUUUGAUGUUACAGAAUAAUCAGCUCACUCGGAUUCCAGCGGAGGCUCUAUGGGAUCUUCCUAAUCUUCAGUCACUACGCCUAGAUGCCAAUCUGAUCUCUGUUGUACCUAAAAAGAGCUUUGAAGGAUUAACUGCCUUACGUCAUCUCUGGUUGGAUGAUAACGCCCUGACAGAGAUUCCUGUUAAAGCAUUCAAUAAUCUGCCAGCUCUGCAAGCAAUGACAUUGGCGCUCAACCGAAUCUGGCACAUUCCUGACUAUGCCUUCCAGAACCUCACUAGCCUUGUGGUAUUACACCUGCAUAAUAAUCAGAUCCAGCACUUGGGAAUACAUGGUUUUGAAGGACUCCAUAAUCUGGAAACUCUGGACCUAAAUUAUAAUGAGCUGAUGGAAUUCCCAAUGGCGAUUAAGUCACUCAAUAGACUUCAAGAGCUGGGCUUCCAUAACAACAACAUCCAGGCUAUUCCAGAGAAAGCGUUUGCUGGAAAUCCUGUACUUCAAAUUAUGACUUUAACCCAGGCUGGAAUCCAUUUGCUUCCAGGAGGAAUGUGUCAGCAGUUGGCCAGCCUACGAGUUCUUGAACUUGCGCACAAUCACAUUGAGAAACUGCCCAGUUUUCACCAGUGCCAGAAGCUGGAAGAAAUUGGCCUUCAGCACAACUGUAUCCACGAAAUUGGAGCAGACACCUUUGGGCAGCUCACAGCCUUGCGCUCCCUAGAUCUGAGUUGGAAUUACAUUCAUUUUAUCCACUCUGAAGCUUUUCUGAUGCUCCAUUCCCUCAUCAAGCUGGAUUUGACUGACAAUCAACUGGUGACACUUCCAUUGGCUGGCUUGGGUGGAUUGACUCAUCUGAAGCUCAAAGGCAAUCCUGCACUGUCUGAAGCAUUCACUAAAGAAAGUUUCCCCAAGAUACGGGUCUUGGAGGUGCCCUAUGCGUACCAGUGCUGUGCCUAUGGAGCAUGUGGCAACUUCUUCAAAAUCUCCAGUCAGUGGGACUCGGAGGACAUGAGUCCUGAGGAUGAUGGUGGCUACAAGAAAAGCCUGGGACUUGAUCAUUAUGACCUAGACAUGGAUGAUUUCCAGCUAGACCCUGAUGAUUCAAAACUACACCCCAACAUCCAAUGUACACCCAGCCCUGGUCCUUUCAAGCCCUGCGAUCAUCUGUUUGAAAGCUGGGUCAUCCGCCUGAGUGUCUGGCUGAUCAUGCUAGUUUCUGUGCUGUGCAAUGGGCUGGUUAUGGUGGUUGUUUUUGCCUCGCCAGGCUAUCUGUCCCCAACCAAGUUUAUCAUUGGAUCCAUUGCUGGAACCAAUUUAUUAACAGGGAUAUACUGUGCUAUUCUAGCAUUUGUGGAUGCAGUCACCUUUGGUCAUUUUGCAAAAUACGGGGCCAGAUGGGAGAUGGGUGCAGGGUGCCAAGUGACUGGAUUCCUGUCAGUUUUUGCUUCAGAAGCUUCCAUUCUGCUCUUAACCCUUGCUGCAGUGCAGUGCAGCUUUUCGGUGUCGUGCAUGCGGACAUAUGGAAAGGUUCCUUCCUUUGGCUCUGUCAAGGCAGGUGCCCUGAGUUGUCUGAUCCUCUCUUCAGUGGCUGCAAUGUUGCCCCUCUUCUCCAUUGGGGAGUAUGGGGCAUCCCCUCUCUGUCUGCCCCACCUACUUCCUGAUGGGAAACCUUCCAUGUUGGGUUUCAUGGUCGCUUUGGUGCUAGUGAAUACACUUUGCUUCCUCAUUAUCACUGGGACAUACAUCCGCCUCUAUUGCAACCUGCUGAAAGGUGAGUUUGACUCUGUCUGGGACUGUGCUAUGAUCAAACAUGUUGCUUGGCUCAUUUUCACCAACUGCCUUCUUUACUGCCCGGUGGCUUUUCUCACCUUCUCUUCCAUGCUUAGCCUCAUUCUCAUCACCCCCGAAGUCAUCAAGUCUGUGCUUUUGGUGGUGCUGCCCCUGCCAGCCUGCCUGAAUCCCUUGCUUUAUUUACUCUUUAACCCCCAUUUUAGAGAUGAUUUGCGGCUUUUGAAGCAGAAGAGUCAGGUCCAGGAAAGCUGUGCUCAGUCUUGUAUUUCUGAGGAUACAGAGAAGAGCUCAUGUGACUCUACUCAAGCUCUUGUUCCUUUCUCCGAUAUGGAUCAUAUAUUUGAAGCAUCAGAUCUCUAUAGAGUGCCUCGCAGGUGUUCCUCAGUUCUAGAUGCCUACAGCUUCUCCUCAGUGACUCUGAUCCCUUGCCAGCAAAAAGCAGGUGCCAGAGGACAUGACAGUGGCUUCUCCACCCAACCUUCCUAUCUUGCUGAUGAUGAGCUGCUAAUUGCAUCAGAAGGCAGAGACCAGGCAAAGAGCAACCUUUGGAUUGCCUUGUUCCCCAAACCACCUUCACCAGCCUUCAUAUCUCAUUUAUAAGGCUCAAUCCACAUUCUCUCAAUAAAUAAAAGAAUCAUACAAGAUCUUCUGGAGCCACCAAAAGCUUCAGCAAGAGGCUCUUCUAGGAGGAAACAUGACUCACUGUAUUUUUUUCUUCUCAAAACAAGGCUACACAGUCAGCAAAAUGGCAGCAAUUCCUUGGUAACCUAGCCUGUUGGGGUAUUGCUUCCUCCUCUCCUACUGCAGCAAUGUGAAACUGAUAAAGAUAUACAUAGCUGCCUAAGAAAUUAAGGCACCCCAAAGUUCAUAAUUAUUGUGUAUCUACCUGAAAGUCCAAGAAAAAUAGCAAACCCAGGAUAAGAAGAACUCUGGCAAUUCUGCCCUUUUAGGAAUUACACCAUUCUAUGGCUCUUAGUUUUUAUGAUAGGUGGAUCACUUUAGUCCAUGAAUAUCAAAUAAAAAAGACUGAAUUGAGUAGAAACAUCAAGAAGACAAUGUGAUUUCAGCUCUAUUCCCAUUUUUUUUACUAAAAAGCAAUCUUUUCAUAGCAAUGUUUUUGUCUCAUAGCAAACUUGUCAUCUUUUAAAACUGUUGUAAACAAAGCACAUGAAUCAAAAACAGAUUAUCCAGUCAUGUUUAUUCAAUACAAUGCAUGACUGCACAUGUAUCCACCUGUAGAGAUAGGAACAAUUCCCACAUAAUAAUAAUCAUACAAGGAGACAUAGCUGUUUUAAUCAGUCAAAAACAAUGCUUCCUACCUGCUCCUGUAUAUAACUAAGCAUAUUUAAGUUAUUCAGAAGCACUAGGAAUCAAAAUUAAUUAAAUAAAUAAAGCAGUGGUGGUGCAGUGGUUAGAAUGCAGUAUUGCAGGUUAAUUCUUCCCACUGCCAGGAGUUUGAUACUGAUCAGUUGACUCAGCCUUCCAUUCUUCCAAGGUCAGUACGAGGAUCCAGAUUGUUGGAGGCAAUAUGCUGAUUCUGUAAACUGCUGUAAAUAGUGCUGUAAAGCACUAUGAAGCAGUAUAUAAGUCUAAGAGCUAUUGCUAGUGCAGUGACCAUUCAUAAUAAACUCAACUAGCCUGAGGUUUAAGCUUGAACAUAGUGCUAUGAAAAUUUGGUUCAGAAAAUUUAUUUUUUUAAUUGCUUUUUUUCAAUUUAAGAAUAGAAAAGUCAUAUUGCUUACUUUCCCAAAGAAAAGUCAUUCAUUACAAUGAGAGCAACACAGGAUAAUCUAGAGCUAGAUCCCAUUAUAUUCAAUUGAAGCCUCUAGGGGGUUUAUGUACAAGUAAUUUUGGUAGCAGUGUUGCUAAAUUUAUUCUUAGAAGGUACAGGUUAAAUUUUCUCAGGCAUUUAAAAGCUAUAGGUUGAUUAACUAUUCACUCUUGUUUGCUAAGAAAGAUAGUUAUCAACACUAAUUAAUGCAUAUAGGGUGUAGGACUUGAGGUUUUUGCACAAACUUGAGGUUUUUUCUUAUUAACAUUUUAGAAAUCUGAAGGGUUUUAUAGAAUAUAGACAGACUAUAGUGGUAGGUCUGCUUUCAGAAAACUGAAACUACGGAAGGUAAACUGGGGAAUGUUACAGUCCUGCUGCUUUUUUCUUCUAUCUCCUCAAAACUGAUCUUACUAAAAUAAUAAUCUUAGUUACUGCAGUUGUGAUGAAUUGUGAAGAAUCCUGGUUUCUAGAAUUUCACUUUCAUAAAAGGAUAAAAAUGUAAACAGUGUUUUUCUGGGAAUUAUAUAGUACAAUCCCAAAUAUGAUUAUUUAGAAGAAUGUUCCACUGAAUUCAGUGAAAUCCCUUUCUACAGAAAGAAUUAUUAACUGUUGGUUAAUAAUUACUGGUCUUCAAAAAUAGAAAAUAACAUAAGCGAUUUGUAAACAGUCUGAACACACUAAAUCCAGUUCAAAAUCUUGAAGUUUGACUGAAUUAAACUAUCGCAACAGGAAAAGGUUAUAUCUAGUAAAGCACACUUAGGCUACAAUCAUAUAAACAUAUGUUAAUCAAAUGUGAUUCUGUGUAGACAGAGUCCACAUCCUAAUUAUUUUGGAAAUUUACUGCAAAAUAUAUUUAGGGAAUUGAAAUAAGAUUUUAAUACAUAUGUGUGUGUAGUCCUCAACUUAUGAACACAAUUGAGCCUGGAACUUUGGUUGUAAGUUGCAGUCAUUAAGUGAGUCUUCGCGUCACCUGACUCAAUUUUAUGAUUAUUUUCAUAACAGUCUUUAGGUGAAUUACCAUGGUUGUUAAAAGAAUAAUAUGGUUGUUAAAUGAAUCAAAUGGUCAUUAAGCAAAUCCAGCAUAUCCAAAAGGUGUUUUUUUGCCAUUUUCUACCAUAAUAUCAGACCCUGCAUUGAUGGGAAAACACUAGAAUAUUUAUACACACAUAUACAGACACACACAGUCUCCCUCCCUCCCCCCCCUCUCUCUCUCUCUCACACACACACACACUUCUUGAGUCAUUUGUUAAUUAUUCAAUAUCUUGAUCUCUGCUGUGUUCCUGACAAAUAGGUGCUCCUAUUAAAAUUACGAAAUGUGUAGCCGAAUUCUUCCAGGUGCUGUGGGUUUGGAUGUCAUUUGAAUUGUUUUGAUUUUUGUAUCACAUGACAGAACAUUGCUAUUCUUCUCCCAGAUAAGAUUAAUACCAGCCAAUAUUUAGAAAAAAAUAAUUAUCCUUUUAGUUGCUGCUUAAGUCAAAGUCAAAUAACUCACAGAAAGAAUUUCUACUGCCUUGAUAAAGUUUAAAAUCAUGGCAAGAUUUCACAUUAUAUCUGACAAAAGUAUCAAAUGAAAUGAUUUUACAUGCCAUAUGUGUGCUUUUAUCUGUAUAUAUAUUGUGCCAUAAAUGCAAUAUCCAGCAUAUUUUUGUAUAUUAUGUGUAUAUUUAUAUAGAGAGAUAUAUAGCUACCUUCCCUCUCUUGUGACCCUUCUAUAAACUCCUAAUUUUCUUUUUUGUAUAUUAAUUUGUAAAACAUUCUUUAUUGAAGACCAAAUAGAAAAAUAAAAAACACAUUUUAUACUAUU